AUGCAACAACCAAGCUCUGAUUAUUCUCUGGACCUGGGCGAAGAAACCUGCAUCAGCACGGAACUUCUAAACAGGGAAGAUGAGCUUCAUAAAGAAAAUGUUGUUUUCUCUGGAAGCAGCAGUCCAGAAGAUGUCUUCAGUCCCUGUGAAACGCAGGCAGUAUCAGUUUGUACAGACACUGCCGUGCCUCCAGGUGACUAUAUUCGAAGACGAGGUUAUACAGAGUCUUCAAUUCUGAAGCUUCCCACAGAGGAGUACAUUGGGAGCCAUCAUGCACUUUUUCAGUUUGACCGGCAUGCUUUGGCCAGAAUUUCCACUUCUCCAACUUUAAGGCGUGUAAGGAUGGCCUCUGCCUCACAAGCACUGUCAUUUCAGGACUGCUUUGACACAGCUCAGCUGGGGAAUCAAAAGGAAUACACUGGCUCUCUCCACCACAUUUGUAAGAAUCCACCUCGCUGCACUACAACUUCCUCAUUGUCAUUGCCGCCUUGUGUCCAUGCAAAAUUACUGUCUUCCAAAGCCAAGUCUGAGACAACUAUAGCAGAUCCAGAGUCUGCCACCCCCAGAUCAAAGCUGCCAAGCCAAAAAGAUCCUCUCAGCAAUGGCAGUCACAAUGAGACACUCCAAAACUCUUGGAGAGCCAGCCUUGCUACACUGCCUAGGAGACUUCCCCACCCCAGCCCUACACCACAGGAGGGUGUCCAG